CCCAGAGAGCUUCAGGCAGGUGGAUGGUUCCCUCUAACGGCUGAAGACAUCGUCCAGAAGAUCGCUACUAAGAUAUACGAGGAGGACGACAGAGGUGUAUUUGACAGGAUCGUCUCCAAGCUGCUCAGACUGGGCCUGAUAACAGACAGCCAGGCAGACAGUCUGGAGUACGAGGUAGCCGAGGCUCUUCAGGAUCUCAUCACUAAGAACGCAAAGAACAAUGAGAUCGAGGACCUGGGAGAGGACUAUCCCGUGACCCGGGGUGACCAGGAUGACCAGAAUCCCGACGCUAGCAUGGAUGUUACUGGUUCCCCCAACCGUCGGUACGAUGAAGAAGAUGAUGAUGAAGAUCAGGCGGCCAUUGAUGACGACAUGGACAGAGGAGAGGGAGAUGACACAGUGGAUAACACCUGGGAUAGAGAGAGUGAGGGAGAAGGGGAGGAGGAGGAAAGGAGUGAGGGAGAGAGAGAUGAGGGAAACGAGUUGAGCCCAGAGGAUGGUCUUCAGGACCUUCAGUACUUCCCCAACUUCUACCGUCUGCUAAAGAGUCUAGACUCAGAGCAAGACGCCCAGGAGAGAGAGACUCUGAUCACUAUCAUGAAGACUCUGAUUGACUUUGUCAAGAUGAUGGUGAAAUAUGGAACCAUCACACCUGAAGAGGGAGUCUCCUACCUUGAGAACCUGGAUGCUAUGAUCACUCUGCAGACCAAGAAUAAGCUGGGGAAAACACUGGGGAUCCCUGGCAUCAUCCCUCCUACAGGGAAGACCCCAGAAGACGAUGACAACACCAAGGCAGAGGCGGCCAAGAUGCAGAAGGAGUAUGAGAACCUGAAAGACUCAACCAAGGAAGAAGCGCCGUCCACUGAGACCAGAGAUCACCCAGGCAAGUCUGAGAUCUACUUGGAAGCCAUCAGGAAGAACAUUGAGUGGCUGAAGAAACACAACAAAGACGAGGGCAAAGACGAUUACGACCUGUCCAAAUUGAGGGACUUCAUGGACCAACAAGUGGACUCCUACAUUGACAAGGGCAUCAUCGAGAAGGGUGAGGGAGAGACCAUCAAGAGGAUCUACGGCAGCCUGUAACCUUCAACCAACCUUAAAAUAACCAACAACCAACCUUCAAACACCUACGACCAACCUUCAAAAAACCCACUGGAAAUGUAUGACGAUUGAUAAACCUAUGAAUAGGGCCUAGAGUUGUUCCUGUUCUGGAAACAUGGUUUGGAAAAACUCCUGGCUUUACGACUCACUCACAAUGAGCAGAAUCCAAACUUGACAUGAUGAUCCCAGAAAGUAACUGUCUGAUUUUUGUGUGAAUUCUUACCUUGAUGUCAGUGGGAGUUUGGUGUGAAAGUUUGAGUAAAGCGAGUGGAUCUCAAGUUAGGAUUCGGCCUCUAUGAGAUGAAAGGUAUGACCUUUAUGUAUUAAAAAUAAACCAUUUAGGCAAAAACAUAUUGUAUUUGACAUUUCCAGAAAGCUGGAAUGCAAUAAUGGUAAUAUUAUCACUGAAAGUAUAUAUUCAACUAUACUGCUAGAAAACAAUCAGCAAUAGUCCGAUGUCACUGAAUGGCACUGACUCGAUUGGGAAGGGGAAAUUCAAUAGUCCGAUGUCACUGAAUGGCACUGACUCGAUUAGGAAGGGGAAAUUCAAUAGUCCGAUGUCACUGAAUGGCACUGACUCGAUUGGGAAGGGGAAAUUCAAUAGUCCGAUGUCACUGAAUGGCACUGACUCGAUUGGGAAGGGGAAAUUCAAUAGUCCGAUGUCACUGAAUGGCACUGACUCGAUUGGGAAGGGGAAAUUCAAUAGUCCGAUGUCACUGAAUGGCACUGACUCGAUUAGGAAGGGGAAAUUCAAUAGUCCGAUGUCACUGAAUGGCACUGACUCGAUUGGGAAGGGAAAUUCAAUAGUCCGAUGUCACUGAAUGGCACUGACUCGAUUGGGAAGGGGAAAUUCAAUAGUCCGAUGUCACUGAAUGGCACUGACUCGAUUAGGAAGGGGAAAUUCAAUAGUCCGAUGUCACUGAAUGGCACUGACUCGAUUAGGAAGGGGAAAUUCAAUAGUCCGAUGUCACUGAAUGGCACUGACUCGAUUGGGAAGGGGAAAUUCAAUAGUCCGAUGUCACUGAAUGGCACUGACUCGAUUGGGAAGGGGAAAUUCAAUAGUCCGAUGUCACUGAAUGGCACUGACUCGAUUGGGAAGGGGAAAUUCAAUAGUCCGAUGUCACUGAAUGGCACUGACUCGAUUGGGAAAUUCAAUAGUUAUUCUGUCAAAUCAAUUGACUGACUGAUCUACUUACUAGACGACAGCUUUGACUACCUUGAGGAGUGAAAUGUUGACCUACUGAGGGGGAAUGAGUGUUCAACCAUCCCAAUGGACACACACUGGUUGACUCAACGUUGUUUCCACGUCAUUACGUUGAACCAAUUUGGAAUAGACGUUGAAUUGAUGUCUGUGCCUAGUGGAAAGGAUGUGUCCCAAAUGGCAUACUAUUCCAUAUUUAGUGCAUUAUUUUUGACUAGGCCCCAUAGGGCUCUGGUUAAAAAUAGUGCACUAUAUAGGAAGUAGGGUGCCAUUUGGCACAGAGAUAGGUCUGAUAGUAGAGUUCCAACUUUAGCUUUCUCAUCAAUUGCAGGUAAUAUGUAUGUCUUUGCAAUAGACUUUUGCAACAAGUACACAUAUAUCUAAAUGUAUUCAUUCUAUGUAAUCUGUCCUAUCAUAUUCUAAUUCUUAUUUUUUCAAUCCAGCAUCAAUGUAAAAUCUAUUGUAUUAAGGCUUUUAACUCAACCAAAAACAGUUGUGUUGUCCAGUAUCAUUUCAGCCCUGUAUGUCCUUCCUCUUCUCUUCGUUCUGGGGUAACUCCUUUGGGGCCCUCCAGGGGGCCCUGUUUGUGUCAUUUCCCUCUAUCUGAUUUCUGCAAAAUGGGUAGUAGUGGGAAGUUGCCUCUAGAUGCUGAUCGUGGAUCAGUUGUAUAUUUUCCCCACUAAUGGUAAAGGUUAGGAUUGUGUGAGGACAAGCUGAUCCUAGAUCUGUCCCCAGCUUCAAUAUGUCUCAGUAUAUUUAACAUGUAUACUACCACUCUAGAGACACAAAAUUAAGUAUUUUUAAAUGUAAAUAUUUGUGAUGUUUUUUCCAAAAAUGUAAAAGCAAUUAAAACAUUGCCUUUCUU